UUUUAUAAAUUAGACGAAAAACGCGCCACUAUGUGUUAGAGAGACUCACUGCAGAAGUAAUUCCAGUUGUCAAGUAUCAGAAAUUGGUGGUUAGUAGUAGACUUAUGACACUGAGGCUGAAGGGACAAAGCUGUGAUAAGCGUGAAACUCAUGUGAAAGAGUAAAAUCCUGGCCUUUUCGAUCUUUAGUUUUCCUGCUGGUAGAGUAUAUUCUCUGAUAUAUAUCCUCCCCCAGCAAAUUGCCCAUUUCAGUAGUAACCACGGCCGCUGUAGAGUGAAAAUGAACUUUCCCCUGAUCCCUACUUAAUUACUAAUUCAUUUUCCAUAUUUUUGACGUACAGAUGCUGUUGACUCCUUAAUGUGAUAUACCUGUUGCUUUAACUUGCUUAAUUUGAGUCUUUAUGAUUUUGAAUUGUUGUAUAGGAACAAAGCAGAUGACGUUACAAUUCCUAAUUAUAUAAAUGCUUUGGGCAUACAUUCCACAACUCCACCGAUUAUUUGUGCACACUGACAAUACAUGUCGAUUCUGGUCUGAAAAAGUUUACUCUGGCAACUUGUUAGUGUACAGCAGCUGUCAUUCCUUUUAGUUCCACUCGUGUUCCUGAUUAGGACAUAACGCUUGGGUUUGCAUUCGCCUUCUGUUGAAAUUCCAGUGGACUUUAGUACAGGCAUGCCUGAAAUCCAGGUGAAGCAUGUCGUGUCCUGUAGCAGCGAGGACUCGACUCACAAAGCCGAGAACCUUCUGAAAGCAGACACAUACAGGAAAUGGAAGGCAAGCAAGCCAGGGGAGAAGCAGGUUUCAGUUAUUUUGCAGUUGGAAAAGGAAGAACAAAUUCACAGUAUUGACAUAGGAAAUGAGGCCUCUGCCUUUGUAGAGGUCUUGGUUGGCCACUCAACAUCUGCUAGUGAACAAAGCUUUGAGGUCAUUCUUGUUACUUCAUCAUUCAUGUCUCCUUCAGAGAGCAAAAAUGGAACCAACCUCAACAGAGUCCGAAUGUUUGGACCAGACAAACUUGUUAAGGCAACAGCAGAAAAGAAGUGGGACAGGGUGAAGAUAGUUUGUACGCAGCCAUAUAACAAGAACCUGGUAUACGGGCUUUCAUUUAUAAGGCUGCAUUCCGCUCCAGAAAACAAAGAAGAAAGUGGAUCUGCAGGUUCUUCGCCUAAGCUUACGUUACUUGGACACUUCAAAGUAAAGGAGGAAGAUCCUACUGGAGGUACAUCCCUAAAACCAGGGAGUCUAUUCUUUAGCAGGGGUAGUGUUACCUCGCCCAAAGCUGUCACUUCUCCAGCUGAGAAAUCUACCACAAGCUAUGCUGCUGCUGCACUGAACGUUGGUGACCCUGGUGUUGCUGGUUCUUACACCACAACAGGCAAGACUGCAACUGCAACCUCACCAAAGGAGGGCACUCCUGGAAAAAGAAAAUUUGAGUUCAGCAAAGAGAAGCAAUGCAGCCCCGCUGUGAGGAGACCAGAGCCCAACGAGUCUUUGAAACCUCAGCCAAAAGCAAGUCCAUUUGUGCCAGCUCACAAAAAAUUAAAAACUGAGUCUGUUUCAUCAACACGUUGCUCAACAGAUGCUUCCACUUCAAGAAAUUCAAACCUUUCUUGUAAAGCUCCGGUUCCUGAAAAAAAGUUAAAGAAAAAGAAGGCAUCCAAACAAGAGCCAGUUGAAUUCCAACAAAUCUUGCAGGGAACAUUCUUUGUUCUCAGUGGGUUCCAGAAUCCAUUCCGUGGAGAUCUACGGGACAAAGCUUUAGAAAUGGGCGCUAAAUAUAGACCAGACUGGACGCCAGACAGUACUCAUCUGAUCUGUGCGUUUAAAAACACUCCAAAAUAUAACGAGGUGAAGGCAAAAGGAGGUAAAAUUGUCCGCAAAGAAUGGAUCCUAGAUUGUUAUAGAAAGAAGCAAAGGCUGCCAGAUAAGAGAUACCUAAUAGAUGGGGCAGAUGCAAGUAAUGAUGAGUCUGAAGAGUCAGAAGAGGAGGAAGGAGAGGAGCAGGAAGAGGAAUUUAUCCCUGUAUCUAACAAAACAUCAUCACAGAGAGGUGUUCCUCCAAGUGCAAAUCACAAACCUGAAAAAGAAGCAAUAAGUAAAUCUUCAGAAGAUGAGGAAGAAAAAACAGCUAUGUCAUGGGAAGCAAAACAGAAAGUUGCAAUGGAAGAUGUGGCAGAUCAGGAAGACUACGGUGGCAGCACAGAUGAAGAAAUUGAAGGUAACAUUGGAAAAUGUGAUUAUGACUCUGGUGAAGACACUGAAGAUGAGCUGCGAAAAGUUCAAGAAGCAAGCAGAAAGCAACAGAAGGAAGUACAGCAGGAGGAAGAUGAUCCCUAUGGAGGGUCCACUGAUGAAAACACAGACAUAGAUGAAAAAGAGGGAGAAGAGGAACUUUCUAUUCCAGAAUUGCCUGAUUUCUUUGAGGGGAAGCACUUUUUCCUAUAUGGUGAUUUCUCCAAUAAUGAAAGGAGAUUGCUAAUUCGAUAUAUAACUGCCUUCAAUGGCAUUUUGGAAGACUACAUGAAUGACAAAGUGAACUAUGUGAUUACAGCUCAGGAAUGGGAUGACAAUUUUGAAGAGGCCUUAAACGAAAACUCAAGCCUGCUGUUUGUGAAGCCACGAUGGGUAUACACCUGCAAUGAGAGACAAAAGCUGAUCCCACACCAGCCAUACCUUGUAGUACCUCAGGCAUAAUGCCUUUGCCACUGCUUUCAUUAACUUUGUUGUUGCAGCUUUCAAGAGUGAAAGGGGGAAUAUUACAUAUUGGUGUGGAAAGAAAGUGUGCUUACAGAAUAUAUGGGCAAGAGAGACCGCAUACCUACACUUUCUUUGCUGAAAAAUGAAAUACUUCCAUUCGGAUGUCAUCAGCUUCCACUUUAGGUGGACUGAAGUUUUAAAACAACUACAAUCUUUUUAUCCUAAGCAAAGAAACCAUACUAAUACAUAACCCCAAAGCAGUGUGUGAUGUUUUGCCUGCUUUUUAUUAAAUAUGUUUAGAAUUUAUUGUUACCAUUCAUUCUGAACUCUGUCCUUUUAACAGUGAAGAAGAAUAUCCCAUUUUGACAAACCUAAUAGAUUUCCUGUCUUGAUGUUAACUAGUGUUACUGCUGUAGUUCUAAAAUAAAUUGGUGACAGAUUCAAGGGUUUCAUACAGACGCAAGAAGAAAGAGAUGAAGCUUGCUGACUGGAGUGCUGGUGUUUACCCAGAACACACUCAGAUGAUUUAUCUGGCCAAGAGGACACCACAGUUUUUUUAUAUUUCCAGAUUUGCCACUAUUUGUAGUGGUGUAAUUUUUUUUCCAGAAACUAUUUUUGAGAAGAACUUUUUAUUCAGCUGCUACUAUGGAACUGCUUUAUGUGCUUCCACUUUUGUUACUUAAGUAAAAACAGUUUUGUCAUAUUCUUAUUGUGGAGCUGUAAGUGUUGCUGACUGGUAGUGCCUUUGUAGUUCUCAAAGAGUUAUGGCCAAACCCAUACUAGGGGUGACCCAACAGGUUGCUCCACACCUCAACCAUGGACUUGCCUCUAGUGAUAGGAGAACACUCAGUUUGUGUAGUGUGUAAAACUAUGGGUGUUAGAUUUGGCAUAUUUUGUGGUUUGCAGCUGACUUAAAAUAAACAGCUUGCUGCAAAGCUGUUUUUGUGCAUUAUUUUCCACUGUUUUUGUUGUAAAGAGAGAAUGUUUUACACACAUGGCAGCAGAAUUAAAUAGUUAAGAGACAUUAGAAUUAUGACAUGUUUUGAUUAGCAUAGCUGCUUACUAAAUAUUCAUACCUAGCAUACAUUUGCAUUUCGAAAGCUACAAAUCUUUAAAUUCACAUUUAGGUAAUAGAAAUGUCAUGUUAAAAAUUCCACGUAAAAAAAAAAAAAAAAUAGAAAUAAGAGAAUUUAUAUUUUACAAAAAUGCUGUCCAGGGCCAGAGUUGUCUGUUUAAAAAUUAUUUAAGUUUGACAAUACAACUUUAGCCUUAGUAAGGUGAGCACAUAUUUGGUGUUUUUGUUUUGUUUGUUCUUUCUAAUAAAGAUGAAUGUGUUCUUGUUUGUA